CAGACCUAUUGUGGUUUUUCUAGUUUACUGUAUAUCUGUAUACUGCAUUUGGAUGAAAGGUAAUUUACUCCAACAGAAUGUAUGCAAUCACUUGUAAUCUAUUUACAGUGUUGUAUUUAUCAAUAUUAACAUUUGCACUUGUCCACGUCAGCGUGUUGAAACACCUGUGCUCCAUCAAGUCUCAGGUGUACACUCCUCCUUGACAAACAGACUCACUACCAUAAUCUCAACAAUCAUCUUUACUUUGUGGGUUGGAUCUUGAGGUUAAGAAUUUCACAACUGGCAGGGAAUAUGCCACAUGACACGGAUAAUAAAUUAGCACCUUGUUCGUGUUCYUUUUACACAUAUUUCCAUUGGCGCAGUGUAAUACGAUUACAUUAGCCUAUGUUUAAGAUUCCCGUAUGAAAAUACGACAACACUAUUUUUAUUGGACAACUGUAUUUUCAAUGGUGUUAGCUCUUCAUACACUUGUUGAAGGUGCUACAGUAUAGGAUGCUAUCAACGUUGACUGCUGGCAUUGAACAGUGACCACUAGUCAUUAUGGGCACUUAACCCUUUUGAGGGAAGCACACACCUCCCUGAGUCUGACCCACCUACCUCCAGUGGAUGUCCGAAUUUCUCUACAGAGGUAGUUUCCAAAACAAGGUGCCAGCUACCUGAGCGAUGCCUCUGGAGCGCCGAGCUUAGAGACAGACGCUGCCCAUCACAUCCCAUCACUGACUGCCUCAACAGGCCUCAGGGCACAACUCCAAGCCCUUUCCACACCAGCCCGGGCGAGAGAGAACUUGAGUCACCAUGAUAGACCUGAGCCAUCUGACGGAGGAGGAACAGUCGAUGAUCAUGACUGUGCUGAAGAGAGACGAAGAGCUGAAGAAAGCAGAGGAGGAGAGGAUCAAAUCUAUCCGCUGCCUUCGACAACGUAAACAAUCAGAUCCUCCUCUCAAGGAUGGGCGUUUCAGGCUCUGCACACUUUUGUAUAUCAUCCUACCUGACAGCCACUCCUACCAGGUGGCUACAUGCAUCUCUGCGAGCCUGGCGGAUAUCUCAGCUUGGAUGUCAGCCCACCACCUCGAGCUCUUCCUCCACCCGCUCAAAGACCUCUCUAUCACAGUUGACAGCUCCACGGUUUCCCYCUCCCAGAGUGCAAAGAACCUUGGGGAGUGGUUUUACGAGGCCAAGUCUCUGAGACACAGGGAAAAGAUCCAUGGCUCCGAAGUCAUCCUGGCCUCCAUGAAGCAGAGGAAAGCAGGUUCUUUAGAUGGGUUUCUUUCCAGACCCAGAGCAGUCAGCGGUAAAGUCUCAGACAUCACCCCCCUCCAAAACCUGCCAGGCUCCUGGAGGCACCAACACAGCAACACAGCCCAGAAGAACAGCAAAAGCCUCAAUGUAUCAGAUGCUGAGAAAGAGAGACUGAAUUCAGUGGUGCAUCCCCGGAAAGGGCAGCUGCAGAAAACCAGUGCCCCAGUGGACAGCAGGCUCAAGUACCUGACAGGGGAGUGGUUUUACGAGGCCAAGUCUCUGAGACACAGGGAAAAGAUCCAUGGCUCCGAAGUCAUCCUGGCCUCCAUGAAGCAGAGGAAAGCAGGUUCUUUAGUGGGCAGCAGCCAGAUCUCUAGCAAAAGCCUCAAUGUAUCAGAUGCUGAGAAAGAGAGACUGAAUUCAGUGGUGCAGUCCCCGGAAAGGCCAAGGCACAAUCCUUUCAAUCGAGCAUCCCUUAUUCUAGAGGUAGAGAAGACAGAAAAACAGUCCAAUGGAAAUCAAGAGACCGAGAAAGCAUCUGAAGCAGAGCCCUUAUCUCCCCUGAAGAUUCACAUGACAGCAGACUCCACCAGUCACAACUCAACAGGCUCUGCCACCUCCGAGGGGUCCUCUCUAGGAUUCAGGCCCGUGCCCAAGAAAAUAACCAUCCUCUCCCGGCACUCGCAGAGCUCUCUCACGGGCAGUGAUGUCUCCAUCCCUGGGCUGCAGGGUCAUCCAGCUGGGUCAAAGGUCAUCGCCCCUGCCUCUCAGGGAAGUCUCCAACAUGGCUCCAGCUGUGGCUCCAACCAGUCUAGCCAGGGGGCUUUGGACGUUCAGUCACAGAAAAUGUAUACAACUCCCAUCUCUGAGUUACAGAACAAUGCAACUCCAGUAUCUCCCUCCAGUCAGCAACUGAACACUUUGAGUCACCACUCCCAUCAGCCACUGAAGCAUUUAACCCUCGUCUCCACCAAUACUGAGUUUGAGAGAGCGAAAGAGGCCCAUGAAAGAGAGAGGAGAGCAGAGCCCUCAAAUAACUCACUYGUCAGACACCUAGUGAGAACCCCCUCUCCUCUUAGGGAAACUGAGAGUUCCAAAGUUCCAUUGAGGCCCAUGAGUGAGCCAAAGCCUCUCAGACUGUUGAACCUUAGACCAGCCACACACUCUGAUAAUGACAGACACACAGAUAAAUCCUACACAGGUCAUCAGAAGAGUGAAGGUAGCAAUGGUCUCAUCCAGAGAGAGUUUGUCAGUGUGGGUCCUCCUCAGGGCAGAGAGAGGUCUGAUGGUCCAUUUUCAAAACCUCUGUCCAUACCACUCUCUCCGAGCUCAGAACUAACAGCCCCUACUCACCACCAGCCUUCUCAGCAUGCGGCCUUUCAACUCAUUGAGAUGCAGGACAAGGAGAUGAUAAGAACCCGCAAUGUGGACACCGCAAUCAGACAGGAGGACCUUAGUCUGCCUCCAAGCGCUGUGGAUCAAUGGAAACAUCAUGAUCUCCAUAACUCUGGGGAUAAGCCUGAUAAGCAUGUUCAUAAAAAACCUGCCUCUAAAUCAGCCCCUCGUAGUCCCCAGCCCACAGCGGAGCAGGGCGACUCCAUCUCUAAAGUCUUAGAGUGGUUCAGCCGCAGCACAGACAGCAACRACUGGCUGGAGACUGAGAGCGAUCAACCAGACAUGGAGGAAUACAUGAUUUGCUCUGUGAAAACAGAUACAGAUGAUCGGCCUACCUUUGAGAGCAGGUCUCAGCAGACGGAGAGGAAAGCUCCUGAGGUGAAGAGAAAGCUCCUACAUGUUGACCCCAGCCUGGAUAUGCAAAGUAUUGGAGGAGGAGUGUCAGUGUGUUUAACACCAGAGGUAAAGGAUGGAUCUCAGUCUGAAUCCUCUAUGGAUCAACCUACGGACCAGUCACCUUUGAAUACAUUAAGAUCAUACCAGCCCAAGAGACACAUGUCUGAGUCUGAGGGGCUGAGAGCAGCAUAUUGGAAGGAGUUCAAACAAGUGAUGUUAGAUAGAGAAGAGGAUGUGACAGAUAGGCAAGAGGAUGUGAAGAAGGCCAGUGGCCCUCCAGCCAAAGCUGUUGGACUACAGGUCGCAACACAAGAAGUCAAACAGAAAGAGGUCCAAGAUGAGAACCAACCACCUAAAAUCACCCACCUGAAGUCCUUCUGGGAGAAGGGCAACACUGGGCCCAAGAUACUCAUCAGUAGAUCAAUCAUUGACAAAAGACAGAAACCAAUGGAGAAAGAGAAAGAGAGAGCACUAGCAGAGAAGUCUCAUAGAACUGUUUCUGUCCCAGAGUCAUACGGUAUGGAGGGGUCUUCGAGGAAGAAUCUCAGGGAUGAAAAAGGAGAUGAACGGUUAAACCUAGAUACUCAACAAAGCACUGCUAGUCGAGAUAUGAUAAGUGUUCAGCCGAGUGUUAGCCCUUACAAACAGGAGGUAUACAGACCCCAAAACAGUGUUGUUAUUGCUCCCUCUAUAGAGAUAUGUACACUGCCAACCUGGGAUGAUAGCUACACUCCUGGGGCUCAAAGUGAGGAGGACAAUUUGACUUUAACAGAAGAAGAUCUCAGAAGAUCCCCAAUGACAGUAGACAGAAGAAGCUCACAGGCAGAAAUACUCUACCUAAGUAGACUCCAUCCUCAGCCUGACACGCUGUCCCAGUCCAGACUCAGCCCAGAACAUCAGAGAUUCUCCCCAUCAACACUCAGUCUUCAGCCUGAAUUGCUCAUCCAGCCCACAGUCAACCCCCAGCCUGUGAAGUUCUCACCUGCCAUACCAAAACCCCAACCUGAAAUGCCAUCCAGGGCCAGGUCCAAGCCCUGUCCCAACCCACUGCCUGAACUACUCUCCCAGCCUACAAACAGCCCAGACUCUGAGAAGUUUAGACACAAGGUUGGAAAAGAAAGUGAACAGUUUCCCCCCAAAACUCAGCAAAGCAAUGUCAAUGUACAGUCAAGUGUGUCCACUAAAAAACAAGACCACACCAUUAAAGAUAAAGGAAAUAGCCCACACACCCUGAAACAGGUUCCCCCUCAACAGGACAGCAAAGCAGACAAUAUAAAGCAGCUCAAGUCCUUCUGGGAGCAGGAGAAGAACAGGCCUAUAUUUUACACUGGUAAAUCAAAAGAAGCAGGGGACUCCAGCGUGACUCAAAUUCCAUCAUCGGCCAUAGGAAAGCUGAAUAAAAGGUACACCAAGUCUGAGUUUGACCUGAGGUCAAUCUGCAACGAAUCUGACGGCGACCACGAAGGGGAUUCCAACCUUUCCUCUGACAGAAAAAUACAGAAUUUCACAGUCUUCACGAUGGAUCAGAGACUGGAGAAGUCGUCCCCAAGCCUCGGAGCAAACCGCUCACAGUUUAAGAAUCUCUGCAACUUCUGGGGUGAGGCCACUUCGAAUAACAGAGGGCCGAUCUCUUCUGAAGAACUCAAAAGCCCCAAAAAUAAGGAGCCAAUGGAUGCUCAGAACUCAAUGCUGGAGUUAAAGCAAUGUGUUGACCCUGAUUUCUACAGCAAAUCUGCUCCCAGCCAGUCACAAAAAGUCAGUGCUACACUACCUUUGGAUGAGAGCUGGCUCAAGAAAUCAUCUUCACCUUCUUCACCAUCUUCUCCAUAUCCCCUGCCAUCUUUAGUCAGGGGGAACAAAGACAGAGAGCACCAGUCAAUGUCUAAAUCGAUUGGAGUGGGUUCAGGAGCUAUGAUUGACACUAAACCCAACUUCUCACCUCAAAUCACCAUAGAGUCAGAGCAGCAAAGAGCCCCUGGUGUCCCCCAGGUAACAAGGGGCUCAGAACAGGACUUCACCAAAGAUAAAAAGGCCCUGAAGCCCCAAAGCACCUCAGGAAAGGAAUCUCGGUCUCAUAAAGCUAGAAAAGACAGUUUUGGAAACUCAAGUGGAAGUGGACGUGCAAGUUCCCUUCAGCGCGCCACCAGUAUGUUCACAUUAGACAUGAAUGAGGAACAGGUCCAAACUUCUAUGUUGUACCCUAAAAGGACACGGGAUAUUAGUCAUGUCCAGCCCAAGAGGACACAGGGUAGACGACAGAGUGGUGACAAGCACGCUCCUCCUGGUCCAAGGAGGUCCUCAAAAUCAUUGGACGAGUCUGAAUCUCUGACCCCUCGCACUCGGGUCUUUGUUCCCAAAGACUACCCCCAUUACCUGGAGUUUUCAGAGAAGACCAGCGUCCACACUGCUCUGGCCCCGGCAGCAGGCCCGCCUGGGGCUGAACUUGACCUGAGUGGUGGGCUUGUCAGAUCCAGCACCCUAGUGGACUCAGAGGAGCGUUACAGUAGGAGGAGCAGCAAGAUAACCCAGCGCCCCCUGGCCCUCUGGUCAAACCAGGGCAGCACUGACACUGGACGAGAUUCAUCAUUCAGUGCGUCUGAAAUAGCAUCGAGCAGCGCGUCUGAAACUUGGUCCAACUCCAGGACCAGUUCAAACCGUGAAAAUGAUGAUGAGGAUCAGGACCCUGUACAGAAGGCAUUGAAAAGAGCUCAGGCCCGCCCACAAAAUCUGGCCAAAAGUCUUGAGGAUAUCACAGCAUCCAUGCCACCACGACAAGAAAGAAGAAUAGCUCCCCUUGAUGUCCUCAGGCGAAGCAGUGAUGCAUCCACCAUCCCCUCUCCCUCCUCAUCCCUCUACUCUGACCCUGAACAUUUGAAGAAGAUGAGCAAAUCUGUUCCCUCGUUCCUGCAGAACGAGAGUGAUUGCAGAGAAACUGACUCCGCCUCUGAAGACAGUUACCAUGGAGGCAGGCAGAAGACGGGCAGAUCUAUGACUAACUUCAGCAGCUCCUCUGGCAUGGCAUCUGUGUCCUCUGUAUCUGAUGGCGCAGUUGUGAUGACAUGUACAGGGGACUAUGGAGGUGUAGAUGCAGGGAACAUCCAGUUCUCCAUCAACUAUGUCCAGAAGCUCAGGGAGUCCACAUCUUCGUGGCUCAAUGCCGGGAACCUGGCGCCCGUCGACCCUAAGAGGGGCCGCUCUGACCCGUAUGUUAAAAGUUACCUGGUACCUGACAAAGCCAAAAUAGGGAAGAGGAAAACGUCUGUGAAGAAGAAGACUCUCAACCCCAUUUUCAACGAGCUCCUCAGAUAUCGGCUUCGUAUGGAGCACCUCCGAACUCAGACCCUCAUUCUCUCCGUCUGGCACCACGACACCUUUGGCAGGAACAGUUUUCUGGGUGAGGUGGAUGUGGACCUGUCCAAAUGGGACUUUGACCACACCCAGAUGAACUACUUAGCUCUGAAAUCCAGGCCUACCUCCAGUCUGCAGCCCUCCGAUGACAGAGGGGAGAUGAAACUGGCCAUACGCUUCCUGCCUCAAGUCUCCCACAGCCCAGGAAAGGAUCCCCCCUCUAACAAAGGUGAGGUUCAUAUUUGGGUGAAAGACUGCAAGAACCUUCCCCUCAUCAGAGGGGCCACCAUCAACCCAUAUGUCAAGUGCUUUGUGCUCCCGGACACGAGCAGAAAGAGUCGACAGAAAACGCGGGUGCUGAGGAGUACGGUUGAGCCGGUGUUUAACCACACCAUGGUGUACGAUGGCUUCAGACAGGAGGACCUGAAGGAGGCCUGCGUGGAGCUGACUGUGUGGGACCGUGACAAGCUGGCCAGUAACCUCCUAGGGGGUCUAAGACUGGGGCCUGGCACAGGCAGAAGUUAUGAGGCAUUGGUGAAUUGGAUGGAUUCGAAUGCUGACGAGGUAGCUCUAUGGGAACGAAUGAUGACCUCUCCAAAUGAAUGGGUGGAGGAUGUACUGCCACUAAGAAUGCUGACCACAGCAAAGACUGUGCUGAAAUGAGAACGACUGAGAGAAAGUCUUCAACCUGCCACAGUACAAAUAACGUUGUUGCGUUUUAUAUUAUAUACUGUACAUGUGAUGUGUAAUCUAGAAUAAUCAAAGACAUUUUAUAUUGAAAUAUAUAGGAAUGAAGAAGCUUUUGUAAAAAUCUGCUGAACAAGUUGAUCAAAUGUUAUAUUAAAAAAUAAUCAUACAACCCAAAUAUUAUUAUUAUUAUCAGCCAAAACACACUUAUUUUCUGUGUUUAAUUCUCAAUCACAACAAGUUUACUCACUCCAUUAUUUAUAUUUGAUAUGACAAUUUUCCAUGACAUGAAUGUACAUCCUAACAUUAACCACAAUUAAAKAAUGUGCAAUGAUGAG